GUGGAUCUGAGCGUGCCAACGAAGUAGAGUCUCCCACUCCACAUAUUUCCAUCGCAGAGGUUGCAGGCCAGCGUCUAGUAAGCUGUCCAGAGAUCGCUUGUGUUAGGGUCUCUUUAGGCGCUUCCCUCACAGGCUUAGCCGAUGAACUGAGAGAGAGGCAAGCCUGGGCCAAGAUGAAGAAGGAUAGUAAAGGACAGCUAAUCCUCGCAGAUGUAGAGAUAUUUAGAGCUAGAGUAGGAGCCCUCAUAGACAGCGGGGCGACUAGGAGCUAUAUUAGUCGUAAGGCGCUGAGGAAGUUGAAGUUGAACCUAAAGGUCCAACGACUAGAAGAGCCUGUGGUCAGCAUCCUCGCAGACAAUAGUAGGAUGCGCGUCGAAGAGUAUGUUGAGGGGGUUCACGCCUACUUUCGCUUGGAGAAAGAUGGCAAGGUAGAGAAGGUACUGCACUCCCUGACCCUCCUUGUAGAAGAGAGUCUCCCGUUUGACAUAGUUUUAGGCACAAAUUGGGGAGAGGCAGCAGGAGCCACACUUCACCUCAGAGAGCAUGAGUGUACGCUCCCUAGUGCGUCAAGUGAAGUCAAGAAAGUCCGCCUGUUCCAUGAGUCCGGGGUAGAUAAUCCCCUUGCCCAUUGCUGCCUCAGCGCUCCUGCAUUCGCCAGGCUUGUGCGAAAGGAGCAGCUUGAAGAGCAGGUGUUCAUGGCCUAUGUUAGGCCAGUGUCCGAUCAGCCUAAGGAGGGAGAAAAGAUCCAUCCUGCUAUUGCCAGUCUGUUGGAAGAAUAUAAGGAUCUAUAUGAACCACCUUCACGGGUAGUGCCCAAACCGAUCCAGCACCGAAUAGAAAUAGAACCUGGCAGUAGAACGCCAAAGGGGGCAGUCUACAGGAUGUCUCCCAAAGAGGUAGAGGAGCUAUGCAGACAGUUAGAUGAGCUCCUAGAAAAAGGAUGGAUCCGGCCUAGUUCAUCGUCGUUCGGUGCACCUGUUCUGUUUGUCCCAAAGGAGGGAGAGUUGCGCAUGUGUAUUGACUACAGGGGACUGAACGCCAUCACGAUUAAGAAUGUAGAGCCAUUACCUCGUAUAGGUGAUUUGCUGGAUCGAGUUCAGGGGUGCAGAUAUUUCUCGAAGAUAGAUCUAAGAUCAGGGUACCAUCACAUAGAGGUCCACCCUGACGAUCAGUAUAAGACGGCGUUCAGGACAAGGUAUGGGCAUUACGAGUUCAUAGUGAUGCCAUUUGGACUUACUAAUGCACCCGCAACAUUUCAGCGUUGUAUGAACGACUUGUUUACACCUUGGCUAGAUAGGUUCGUCGUAGUUUACCUAGACGAUAUCCUAGUGUUCAGCAAGACCCUCGAGGAACAUGAGGGCCAUCAACAGCAAAUUCUAAGUAAGCUCAGAGAGUCUCACUUUAAGAUUAACCCGAAGAAGUGCGAAUGGGCCAAGACACAGGUCCUUUACCUAGGCCAUGUACUAGACGGCGAUGGCAUUCCGCCUGAGGACAGCAAGAUAGCAUCCAUCAGAGAUUGGCCAACUCCUAAGACACUAACAGAGUUGCGUUCUUUCUUAGGACUGGCUAACUACUACAGGAAGUUCGUGAGGAACUUCUCUACGAUCGCUGCUCCCCUUCGUAGACUAUUGAAGAAAGAAGCUAUCUGGAAGUGGGAUCAGGAUUGUACGUCAGCCUUCAAGAAAUUGAAGAAGGCUUUGAUAGAGUACCCUGUUCUCAAAGUUGUUGAUCCAUCAUUGCCAUUUGUUGUUACUAAAGACGCGAGUCAGUAUGGCAUAGGUGUCGUUCUACAGCAAGAUGACGGCAACGGGUAUAGGCCCGUAGGCUGCCUUCAGAGAAAGUCGCCGCAUCGAUAUACGAGAGGGAACUCUACGCUCUCAGCCAGGCUCUAGAGCACUGGAAACACUACCUGCUUGGGAGGCACUUCAAGGUUUAUUCAGACCACGAGA